AUGGCUCCUGCCCUCGCGUCUGAUCCGAUCUCGCAGGCUGAUACUCCCAUGACUGAUACAAAUGACAACACGGUCCCUUCGGUGCCCGUGGAUAGUGCCGACGCGCAAAUGAGCCGCCAAGAUACUCCAGAUUACACGGACUCUGACACAAAUCCCAACACCACUGCAAGCAGCGUUGCGGGCGACGCCGCGGCCGAUGGACGUAGGCGCAGAUCUGAGGCCAACCACCUCAGAAAAAGCAUCCUAGGCAAGAAGCAUGGCCGCCUCGAUAAUACGAAGGAGGAUGACUCGAUUCGUCGAUUCCGAUACCUUCUCGGUCUCACUGACCUGUUUCGCCACUUCAUCGAUACGAAUCCAAACCCUCAGAUCAAGGAGAUUAUGGCGGAAAUCGACCGACAAAAUGCAGAGACGGAGGAGAAGACCCGCAAGGGCUCUAAGCGCAGCGGGGGUGCUGGUGGUGAGCGGCGCCGCAGGACCGAACAAGAAGAAGACGCAGAGCUGCUCCAAGAUGAGAAGCAGGGCGGCGAUAGCACCACCGUCUUCCGAGAGUCGCCAGCAUUUAUCCACGGUGAGCUGCGUGAUUACCAGGUCGCAGGCCUGAACUGGCUCGUUUCGCUACAUGAGAACGGUAUCUCCGGUAUUCUGGCCGAUGAGAUGGGUCUCGGCAAAACCCUGCAGACGAUCUCGUUCCUAGGCUAUCUGCGUUACAUCUGUGAUAUCAACGGGCCUCAUUUGGUCGUCGUGCCGAAGUCAACCCUGGACAACUGGAAGCGAGAGUUCGCAAAAUGGAUCCCUGACAUCGAUGUCCUGCCGAGGAGGAGUUUGAUGUUUGCAUCACCAGUUAUGAAAUGA